AUGAUGAGUGAAUUAAUUCUAAAAAGAGAAACCUUCUGUCUUCAAUUGAAACGAACUGAGAAAGAAAGAAUAUUCAAGAGUAAGAGACAAAAAAUCUAUCCAAAGGAACAAUUGCUGGAACUCAUAAAAUCCAAAGAUUAAGAUUCAAUAAUUAAGUUAGUAAAUGUCAGUGAAGGAUCUAGCAAAUAAAUUAAUGAACUACUUGAAAUGGGUGGAAUUGAAUAUUUUUCAGAUUUGCUUAAUUCUUCUGAAAAAGAAUUAGCAAUAAUUGGUUUAUCUAAUUUAUAUUCAUAAAAUUCUGUGUAAGCUUCAAUGAAAGAUUUAAUACUUUUUGAAACUAUAGUAAAUGAAGUGCAUUUAUAUCAAAAUAUCGAGCAAUUAGUCUAAAGACUUAGAUUCCUCAAUAUAAUAGCAUUAUAUUGCACUGAUUUAUCGCGUUUAGAAGAAGAAUAAAGAAUAAAAGAUAAAUUAUAUUAAGUAUUUUCUUAUUACUAAAAUAAAUAUCCACAAAUUUUCAAAAUUUAGGAGGAGUGUUUCAAAGGAUUUUUAUCAUUAGCGUCUGUAUAAUUUGUUUAAAAUGAAAUUAUACAAUUAUGUUGUGAUAAUUUUAAUAAAGGUAUUGAUUAAAUUAUUAUUCAAUUGCUUUACUACACUAUUGAUGAUAAUGUAGAGUUCAUUGCUAUUUUGAAUCGAAGCACAUUCAUUUAAUAAUGUCCUCAUCAUUUAAAAAUAAUUGAUCGAUAGAAGUAUAUCUUAAGUAUUCUUUAUUAUUACUCUUAAUAUUAUGUUGAAAGAAUAAUUAGCAAUAAUGAAUUGGUUGAGCAAAUUUAAGUCAUACAGAAUUCUAAUAGGCAUUAAAGAUUGAUUCUUCUAUUGCAUUAUUAGAUGUUAUUGAAAUGUCCGAGGGCUUUGUUUAUGAAAAUUUUGAAAGAAUUUGAUGUGAUCAACAAUUUGAAGUUUCUUUUAGAAACAUUUAAAUACGCGGAGUAAAUUUUAUUAGUGAUUGCUCUUUUGAAAUAAACAAAACAAAACCUAAUUGAAGAAUUAAUGCCUUAUUUGGAAAACUUAUUUUUAAAAUAAGAAGUAAAUGAGAGAAUUGCUCAAAAAUUAUAAUUAAUCUUAGGGUGA